AUGCGUGCCACCACCGCCGUCGCUUCUCUGCUCGCCGUCUGCCUCCCGGCAGUCAGCGCGGCCACCAUUCACAGCCGUCAGGAGGGUAUUAUCUAUGGAUGCCACUUCACAGGCGACGGCAUCUCCGCCGACAUCAGCGUCGGCCACGACGCCGGCGCCGACGCGCCCCUCACCGGCACCAGCGGCAAGACGUACGAGCUGGACUGCGGCACCACCUCGACGCAGCCCGUCCCGGGCGUCUUCGCCAAGUGCACCGUCAACAAGGAGAAGCCCGUCAUCACCGCCUACAACGCCACUUUCAUCACUUGCGCCAUCCCAUAA